GUGGAGAUACGAGAGACGGCUGAGAACGCAGGGACGCUCUGGUUAUGUCAUGUUGCACUACCUCCUCCUGCGACCUUUUACCUACUUUCCCCUCACAUGACAGUCGACAUUUGUGUUAGCGGACGCCGAGCCAGGGGAGCAAGAAAAUCUAAACACAGUAGGUGGUCCUGUCUGAAUUGGAAGAGAGAGCUGGAAAAAUGUUGAGGAAUAUCUUGGCCCGUUUUUCCCGACCUGCUCUGCAGAGAUGCACCUCUUCUACAGCUUGCCAGGUUGUUAGGUCUUGUAGAUCGGAAAAGGUUCUUCGUCCACCCCCUGCUUGUCCGACAUUUCUGCAGCUUCGUGGACAGCAAACUUUGGGUUCAGCCUCCCUCCCUGUGGCCAGCCACUUUAUGAGACAUGCCCGGGCGUUGGAUGAAGAGCGACUUGUGGAGGUUGAGUGGGAAGAUGGAGGCCAGAGCCUGUACCCCUUCACAUGGCUGAGAGACAACUGCCAGUGCUCUCUGUGUACCCUGAAAUCAGCUCAGGCCCGCAAACUGUUGAUGGCCGAUCUGGACAUCCACACAGGCAUUGAUGUUGUGGAGGUUACCAAUGAUAACAAGGUGUCAAUUGUGUGGCCUGACCAGCAUACCAGUAUGUUUGAAGCAGAGUGGCUGAAGAAACGCAGUUUUUCUCAAGAGGCGAGACAAACAAUGCAAGAAGAGCUCUUCCUCAAUGAACGUUAUCACUGGGACAGCAAACUGCAUAUUCCCACGGCCAACUACCAGGAUGUGCUCAAUGAUGACAAGGCAGCGCUGGCGUGGCUUGUGGCUUUGAAACGCGUCGGCAUGGUCUACCUGAAGGGGGCUCCGGCAGAGCUUGGUCAAGUGGCCAGACUCGCUGAGAGGAUUGGUUAUCUCCGGCUGACGUUCUACGGGCACACAUGGCAGGUCCAGGACAAGUACAUGGCCAACAAUGUAGCCUACACCCCAGGAAGACUCAGCCUCCACACUGACUACCCUGCAUUACACUUUUCACCUGGAGUGCAGUUCCUGCACUGCAUCAACCAAGCCGAGAUAGGCGGGGAGAGCGAGGUGGUGGAUGGUUUCCACACGGCCGAGCUGCUGCAAAGAGAAGACCCCGAGGCCUUCCGCAUGCUCACCUCGCUCCUUGUGGACUUCACUGACAUGGGGACGGACUACUGUGACUUCCUGCUGCAGUCCAAGAAGAGCAUCAUCGACGUCAAUGCCCAGGGUCGGGUUGUGAGAAUAAACUACAACAAUGCCACCAGAGACUCCGUGCUGGACCUCCCUCUCCAUCAGGUCCAGCCCUUCUACAGAGCGCUCAAGGCCUACGUGGACAUCAUGAACCGACCUGAGAAUGUGGUCACCUACAAGAUGGAGCCAGGUGACAUUGUGACCUUUGACAACUGGCGUCUCCUGCACGGCAGAAGGAGCUACGUCAGCAGGCCGGACAGGCUGCGCCACCUGGAAGGUGCCUAUCUGGACUGGGACGAAGUCAUGUCUCGCCUGCGAAUACUCCGCAACUCGGUGGACGAGGCGGACGCCACGCCAUGAUUAGCCAUGAUUAGCCAUGAUUAGCCAUGUAAGCAAACAGGUAAAUGAAAGGUAAAGUCGUUUACAGCAACGGGAUUACAUGAUGGACAUUGUCUUCCAUGCUGCCAAACUGUCAGUUCGCAGACCGUUUGGCCAAAUAUAUCUUAAAUAUAUCAUAAAUCAUAAUAGUACAAGACCGUGCAUCAGGUCACAUGUUGGGGUAAAAGCCUCGGGUUCUACCUGCAGACCUUCAGUGCAACACGCCAAUGCAAAGCUCUGCUAUUUAUGAACGCUGCUGUUUUAUGACAUUCUUAAUGUCUUUUUACAAGUCAACUUUUAAAGGAAUCGGAUUGGUUGUCUUUCAAGUUUGUUCCAACAUUUUGUACCCCCCCCCCCACAUUGUUGUUGCCUUCAUGCUUAACUCUUCUUUGUGCACAAAGAGGAGGUUUAAAGUUUGUAAAUGUCAAGUUUCUUAACUUCGGAAGGGACUUGACCUCCCACCUGAAGGUGUCCUCAUCUCCAAACGUGUGAGUAACUGUGGCUCGUUUUUGCUUCAUGGCGGAUUCUCAUGGUGUUUGCCAAACCCCAACCAAGAAUGCUGAUGUUAGAAUACCGUACUGCGUGAGAGUAUUAGGCCACCAGUAACCUCGUUGAGUCAUGAAGUCCGUCACAAUAAUCAUUUUGAUGCAGUGAAAAGCAAAUAAUCGGACAGACAGGAGGAGUAGGAGUACCGUGGAUGUUGAGGAUUCGGGAUUGAAAUCCUUAAAAACGGUAGUUGUUCCCACUGGAAUCCCGGAAUGUAACCCUGGCAAAAAGUAAAUAUCUGCUGUACAUAAAAAAAAAAAUCAAAAAGUGAUAUGCAUCAAAUUUUGACAAAAGAAUAACCCAUUUGGGUCAAUGGAAUAACCCAUUCCAUUUGGUGAGCAUCUGGAUACACGGACGAAUACGGGAAUUUGUGACGACUGCGUGAGUCACCGCAGUGGUUAAAGUGAUUCCUUUUACUGACUCCAUUACUCGUGAGUCACUCACUGAAAAAAAAAACGUCUUACUCGAUACAUUCAUCACCAAGUGGAUGUCCAGAAACUGAAACCACGUUUAAUCAUACCAGCCAAAGGUAAUGGAGGUCAAAGUGUUGUGUUCAAAGACCAACAUCCCCUGUAUUGACAGUCCAUCUGCUGUUCAGGUUUUAUUUUAGCGACCUGAUCCCAAAUCUCUCUCGCAGCCUUUUGGCUUCUUAUGCAAAUAGCAGGAAUACAAUUUUAAAUAUAACUGUACAAAAUAUAUAACUCGCAUUGUUGUUCAGUUGAUGAUUCAUUCAUGAAUCACAUUUCAGUGAAACACGAGUAUUCGCCCACCGGUGAGUCAAUUUACUGAUUUCCGGAGUACCUUUGACUCGCCAUAGGCAGGAAACAGGAAAUGAGAGAUGGUUUGAGGCAGGCAGUGCCAAUUGAUGCUAAUUGAUGUUGUUUUUCAUUUAGCUGGAGGAUUGAGUCAGUGAACAAGUUCAUGGAAUGAGAGUCAGUGGGUCCGAUGGUUUGUUCAUGAGUUGCACAUUUUGACUAUGUUGCCGUGAAUAAGCCAAGGAGUAGCCUACUGACCAUCAAACAGAUGGACAGUUGCAUUUUUCUGAGUUUUGUUAAUUACACCUGAGUCAGGAACAUGAAUUAACUACAAAUAUAUAUAUAUAUAUAUAAUAAAUAUGUACCAAUAUAUGUACCAAUACCAAUGUGCGCCCAAACGGUCAACAAAAAUGACUGCUUCCACUCUUUCCUCUCUCCUACCCUCAGCACAAGCAAGUGCCCGCCAUUCAUGGCCUCUGGGUGUGUAAGCAGGUACACCCACCUGUGCCCAUGUGACCACGCCCCAUACGCUCAUUUACGCUCUUUUAACACAAACUUCAAAGUAUCUAUCAGUGGCUUAAGACUUUUGCACAGUAUUGUUUGUCCUGUGGGGUUUUUACAACGGCCAGUAAUCAAAUCCAAUGAUUUCUGACACCGUAACUAUUUCCUGUUAGUAUACUUCAUUUCCUUUCUGUUGACUUAUUUAUUUGUACAGACUGUUGAAUAAUUGUUUGCAAGUUAGUCUUCUUGUGCCUUUUUCUUCUCCUGGUCUUCAUUGAUUCUGCUGCUUCUUGUCAAUCAGUGACGUUUUGUAAAGAGUACUGUCACUGUACUAUACUGUACUGUACUGUACUGUACCUAAAAUAAACCAAAGUUGGUCAUCUUUCAACCAGAGAAGGACACACUACUCCAGUUUGGACAAGUUUAUUCUACAUCUCGCUAAAGCUGUACAGUCUAUGAAUAUUUCCACCUGGUCUUUCAUACGUUCUCACACCACAGCAGCCAGUCGACACGACCACAGACGACCACUUCAAGCACAACAAGCUUUGUCGCAUUCAAUUUCAAUUGAGUGGAGACGAUUCAGGUGUUCUCGUCACAUUUAGGAGGUGGCGUUUUUG